CGCCCUCCUCUCAUCCCCAGACAGGGCUGGGCCAAACGGUAGAUGGUGCAGAAGAGAAGCCUGUGGGAUUUCCAAAUCUCUGGCUUUCUGACUUUGCACUGGACAAGCAUGGGGAAGCAAUACAUCACAAAUACAAACUCAGGUGUUACAGCAAUAGCAUCUCAAGGCUUUUUUCGUUGAAUAAGAAUACCAUGUGUAUUUGAAAGGACAAAGCAGCACUCCAAUUAAAUGAUUCAAAAGAGAAGAAAAAAAGCCAGUUUCUAAUCUCCGGAUCACAUGUUCAACAACCAGAAUGAUGCGCCUCAUCCAAAGAUCAAAGCUGAUUUCAAGACAUGGAAGUGCUUCUGUUUUUCAUCAAACAUUUACUUGCAGAUGAAACUUGAUGUCAAUAUGGGAUCAAACAUCCCAUAAAUGUUUUACUAACUUGACUUCUGCCAGUAUGUCAACACAGCAUAGAUGAAUUUCCCUUCAAGGAGAGAAAACUGGGAACUGGUGUGGUGUAAUGAUGUAGCUGCUGGAUGUGACUUACAUGUGGCUUAUGAUUUAAAACAGGUUGACCAAAAUCAGCAUGGAAGGGAGGUCAUCCGUUUUGAUCUGGAUAUAUAAUAACACUACAGAAGAACUGAACACUUCAUUCAGAAACAGCACUACAAGUGAAAUCUCUGAAAAGUACCAGUUUUACAUUAUCGGCCUCUUUCUCUCCUGCCUGUACACUAUCCUUCUUUUUCCUAUUGGAUUUAUCGGGAACAUCCUAAUCUUGGUGGUAAACCUGACCCACAGAGAGAAGAUGACCAUUCCUGAUCUCUACUUUGUGAAUUUGGCUGUGGCCGACCUCAUCCUCGUGGCAGAUUCACUCAUUGAGGUUUUCAACCUGAAUGAAAGGUACUACGACUACGCCAUCCUCUGCACCUUCAUGUCCCUCUUCCUGCAGAUCAACAUGCAUAGCAGCAUCUUCUUCCUGACGUGGAUGAGCUUCGACAGAUACAUCGCCUUGGCCAGCUCCAUGAGCAGCUGCCCGUUAAGGACUAUGCAGCAUGCCAAGCUGAGCUGUGGCCUCAUCUGGAUGGCCUCCAUCCUGGCCACCCUCCUACCCUUCACUAUAGUACAGACCCAACACAGGGGUGAGGUGCACUUCUGCUUCGCUAACGUCGUUGAAAUUCAGUGGUUGGAGGUGACCAUCGGUUUUUUGGUCCCCUUCUCCAUCAUUGGUAUAUGUUACUCCCUGAUUGUUCGAAUCCUCAUGAGGGCCCAGAAGCACCGUGGGUUGUGGCCCAGGCGUCAGAAAGCCCUCCGCAUGAUCGUGGUGGUGGUUCUGGUGUUCUUCAUCUGCUGGCUGCCGGAAAAUGUUUUCAUAAGCAUCCAGCUGCUCCAGGGCACAACCAACCCAUCAAAGAAGACUGCUACCACCCUAUGGCAUGACUACCCGCUCACAGGGCACAUUGUUAACCUGGCAGCAUUCUCCAACAGCUGUCUUAACCCCAUCAUCUACAGCUUUCUGGGGGAAACUUUCAGGGACAAGCUGCGUCUCUUUGUCAAGCAGAAAGCCGGCUGGUCAGUAGUGAAUCGCUUCUGCCACCAUGGCAUUGAUUUACACCUCCCGGUCAGGGGCAAAGUUUCAGAGGUGUGACUGCAAUAAGUAGAACAGCUUUUAGAAAACUUACCCCAUAAAGUUUUUCAUGUUCAAGUUAGAUAUUAAUUUGUUUUUAGGGUCAUUCAGCUUCGUUCGGUUGCGCCUCCGAUUAUUUGCUCGUUUUAUGAACAAACAAAACCCUCAAAUAGGUAUAAAAAGACAAGUUUAUUUGUGUGUUCUUGAGAAGAUAGGUUGUGAGAAUAUUUAAGUAUUUAUUUUCUUGGCUAAAAGGAUCACCUGUAAGAAAUCAAAUGCUCCUUUAAAGCCAAAGCCAUCUCAUAGAGGAAGUGCUCCAUCACACUGAAUCUAAUCAGGUUAUCUAUUUCAGCUACUGGAGCUAAAAGGGUCAUUUCAAUUACAAAAAUCACAGAUCCUUUCCAAAAAGAAAAGUAAAAAUGGCCUUUAUCAAGAAGCUCACAAGGGUGCACCAUCCACAUUAUUCAUGAAUAAUGAGUACAUGGCUUUGCAAAUGCAGAACAGUCAAGGACACAGCAAAUAGUCUGUAUUUUCUAUGCAUCUGUAUAACACAAUGCUCUAACUCUGCUUUGUUUAGCAGAAGAUGUCAUCAGAUUGAGUCAAAGCAUGAAGGAUGCUAAAUGUUCAUAUCCUUGUUCCUUUUCCAGAAGUAUCAGGCCAAACAUCUUAAAAACACUAUGUUUUGUAUAUAAUGCCAGUCAUCACUUUUACUUUUAUUACUAUUUAUGGACAUAAGAAAAUUUUUAUCACAGUCUUGUUUUAAGAUAACUUAACCCUUGAGGCACUUAAUAAAUUUUGACCAUAUUGGUUCCUUUUUCUGUGGCCUUAAACUUAAACAUGUUUAAACAUAUUGCAGAAAAUGUUGGAAUUUUUGCAAGUGAUUAAAAGCUGGAUGUUGAUCUGUUUUGUCAGAUCUUUUGAGGUCAAGGGUGGUCAGAAGAUGCCAGUGUUGUUUUGCGUGGGGAGAUAAAGACCAUAUUCGUCAGUGCUGGCAACAUGGAGCUGCUUUAUUCUGUAAUAAUGCAUUUAAAAAAAGGAUCAGCAUUCAGUAAGUUUUUGAUAAGCACUGUUAGCAUUUAUUUUAUAAUUUAUUUGCACAUUUGUGACCAAUGUCCCUGUUAUGUCUAUUUAUGAACUGAAUCUAUUCUUUUUCUUUUCUUCUUAUACCGAAAAUAAAACAACUUGAACUGCUGUAAUAUCUUUGGGUAAGUUGAGCAGUUUUGGACU